AUGGCUCCACAACUCGCUUGGAUUGGCCUCGGCAACAUGGGCAGGGCCAGUACGCCCCAUCAUCAGAAUUUGGUAGAGAAGGGCCAACUUGAUAAGCCUCUCAUCAUCUACAACCGCACAAAGUCCCGGGCCGAAGAUCUCUCCUCCAAGCUCGGCACUUCCAAAACCAAAGUUGUCGACACUGUCAAUGAUGCUGUCAAGGCGGCCGGUAUCAUCUUCAUGUGUCUCGGUGACGACGCUGCCGUCAACUCGGCCGUUGAUGCAAUGCUCCAGGAAGAUGUGAAUGGCAAGCUGAUUGUGGACUGCUCAACUGUGCAUCCGGAUACAACCAAUGCACUGGAUAAGCGAAUCACAGAUAAAGGUGCUGGAUUCGUGGGCAUGCCUGUAUUUGGCGCCCCAGCCAUGGCCGACAACGGGCAGCUUGUCUGUGUGACGGCAGGACAAAAGGCUUCAUGCGACAGAGUCGUUCCAUACACAACCGGCGUCAUGGGCCGAGCAAACAUCGACUACUCGGGCCAGCCCGCUGGAAAUGCCACCCUCAUGAAAGUAAUUGGCAACACCUUUAUCCUAAACAUGGUCUCUCAGCUCUCUGAAGGCCAUGUUUUGGCAGAGAAGUCUGGGCUGGGAGUCGAUAACCUUCACACCUUCAUCUCCACCAUGUUCCCAGGUCCUUAUACAGCUUACUCUCAGCGUAUGCUGGAUGGCGACUACUAUAAGCGCGAGGAGCCCUUGUUCCAUGUUGAUCUUGCGAGGAAGGAUGCUCGACAUGCCAUGUCGCUUGCAGAGAGCAAUGGCGCCAAGGAGAGUAUGAAGAUGCUUGGAUUGGCACAGAAGAGACUGGACGGUGUGAAGAGUGAGCUUGGAGACCGGGGUGACAUUCCUAGCGUGUAUGGAGUUGUGAGGAAGGAAAGUGGCUUGGAAUUUAAGAACAAGGGUUAGAGAAUGGUACGAUAGUACAAGUAACAACCUGAACCUUCAUGU